AUGGUACUCGGUGAUUCUGGGGAGAUGGUAGAAACAGAGUUUAUGGUCGAUGAACGAAAGCAGCCACUGCUAGAAAUAAGAGAGAGGAUGCUUUCGAGUCAAGAAAAAUACAUGAGGCAGAGGACCAAUGGCGAAUAUGACAAGCUGACAAAGAAUAGUCUGACAAAAUCAUUGAAAGCGAUUAAUGAACACAUCGAAGGAGAAAAUGAGGACGAAAUGAGAGAUAGGCUGAAAGAUAUUGAAAGUACAAGGCACCUGAAGAUGUGGCAUGAUCUUUCAACAAUUGCCAAUCAUGGUCACUUAGUUUUCAUGGUGUCAUGCCUUUAUGACCUUGCCGUGCAUUACACGACAGAAGAAUAUCAAAACCUUACUGGAAAUAAGAACAUAGAUAUACAAAUGAAAGUCCAAACACCUGAAGUCUAUAUUGUUGCCAGGUCUGGUAGUUCAGAUGUUGAGCAAUUGUCCUACAUUGACACACGACUUGAGUGCUUGCAGGACAUGAAAGCAAAGCUCCAAACAAAAUCUGGAAACAAUGAUACUGACACAAUGCGUUUCUUUCAUGGUGACAGUCCAGCUCGCCAACUUGAGGCUGGUCAACAGAAACGAGGCAAUUUUUACUGUUCAGGAUGUGGUGCAAAUGCACAACAAGCAUAUCAACUGGACAUUUGUUUUUCCUGCCACUACCUGUCGUUGUCUGACAGACAGCAGAUAGUGCUCGCCGGUCCUCUAGGAAGAAAAAAUUCCCUGGCAAAAUCUCCCAAGCCAUUCAAAAAACUAAAGAAGGAUGAACUUAUUCGAGAACUAAACGCCAGAGGAAAUUAUAAGGGUGAUAAAAAAAAUGAACUUGAGAAGAUCUUGGCAGAGGAUUUACGGAGGGGUUCAACGAGUACCAGCAUUACUUUACGCAAACCCAACAUCAAUUCUCCAAUCCAUCAACUGUGA